CACUCGACCGUCGAGCGAGGAGGUUAUCGCGCGCGCCGCAAAACUCAGCUGUCAAAUCGUCCUACAUUUUCCCCCCAAAAUUUUCAUUGCAACGCGUGUUUUCGUAAUUGACAGAUGACGUUCCGUGUUCGCAGAACUGUGCAGUGAUUGGCUAUUGUUUUUCUUCUUCUGUAUUUUGUUGUAACCGGCCAGUGUUCGUGUUGGCUCGCGGAGAGGUUGUGUUUUUUUUUCUGGUAAUUUUUGUUUUUUUCCGCUGUGCUAAUUUGAAAGGGAAAUUGUUUUUGAUUCGAUUUUGUGAUGGGUUUCGAGCGGGCGUGAGGCGAUCCGGUUGUUGUUCUACGUAAAGAAAAACAAGGAGAAUUUCUGAAGAAACCAUCAACAGAGACACGAACCAUGUGACGCCACGAACAUAACCUCAAAACUAUGUGACACUGACAGCUGUCACUAAAAACAAAAUGGACACCGAAGACCGGAUCGACUUCUACCCGCUAGCAAACACUUCGCGCGUGAACUUCAAGUCGCAGUCGCUAGAUGGCGCUAUUCUGACAAAUGACGUUUUGGAUUACUCCCGCGCAAACUUCAGUCUGAAUGAGAACCAAUCGGAUUACGGCCCGUUCUACUCCAACUUCACUCGAUACGACGACUACUGCUCCUCAAAUUUGUCGCACACUUAUUUAAAUGUGACGUGCGAGUUUCCUAUCAAUUAUGCGGAGCCUAUGUAUGGAUACAUCGCACCAUUCCUGCUUGCAACAACGACCGUAGCCAACACGCUAAUAGUGGUGGUUUUAUCGCGUCGACACAUGCGGACUCCCACGAACAUAGUCCUAAUGGCCAUGGCUCUGUGUGACAUGCUGACCAUGCUGUUCCCCGCGCCGUGGCUGUUCUACAUGUACACGUUCGGAAAUCAUUACAAGCCGCUCACUCCGCCGCCGGCUUGCACUGCGUGGAAUUAUAUGAAUGAGGUGAUCCCGGCGAUGUUCCACACUGCGAGCAUCUGGCUGACGCUGGCGCUGGCGGUCCAGAGAUAUAUCUACGUGUGCCACGCGCCCGUCGCCAGGACCUGGUGCACGAUGCCUCGCGUCAUCAAGUGCCUCAUCUACAUCGGUCUGGCCGCCUUCCUGCAUCAGCUGCCGAGGUUCUUCGACCGGCGGUAUGUGCCGCACGUCACCGUGUGGCGGGGGCAGCUUAAGGACGUGUGCCAGAUGGAAAUGGCGCCAUGGGUCAAGACGAUAUCUCUAGACGCGUACUUCAUAGCUUACUUCGCAUUCCGAGUACUAUUCGUCCACCUCAUCCCCUGCACAUCACUAGUCGUGCUCAACGUUCUUCUGUUCCGAGCCAUGAAGAAAGCACAAAUCAACCGACAGAAACUUUUCAAAGACAAUCGGAAGUCCGAAUGCAAACGACUUCGAGAUUCGAAUUGCACAACCCUAAUGUUGAUAGUCGUUGUAACUGUGUUCCUAUUGGUCGAAAUUCCGGUAGCUGUUGUCACAAUACUGCAUAUCAUCAGUAGCACAAUUGUUGAAAUAUUAGACUAUCAUAUUGCGAAUAUUCUUAUACUUAUAACGAAUUUCUGUAUCAUAGUUUCGUAUCCGAUUAAUUUUGCUAUUUACUGCGGUAUGUCUAGGCAGUUUAGAGAGACUUUUAAAGAGUUGUUUAUAAGGGGAGCUGUCACUGGAAGAAAAAAUGGCGGGUCUAGUAGAUAUUCGUUAGUAAAUGGACCUAGAACUUGUACGAAUGAGACUGUACUUUAAUUACUUGUUUUUAGGUACAAUAGUACGACUGGUAAAUCAAUUUCUGGUGUAUGAUAUUGCGUACGUAUUUAUUUGUGUUGAAAUAAAGUUUGAAGUUAGGGUUGGUAAAAUAACUCUGCUAUGAUUUUGUUAUCCUAUAUACUAUUCUGUAGUAAUAA